AUGUACCCGAGGACGAAGCCAUGUGGGGGUAGACGACCACGUCCCUCUACUUUUCGGCGUAAAAAGAAGAGGGGGCUGUCCAAUCUUUUGCCCGCCGGCCGAGAACUCCGAUUUAAGAGAUUUUUGAGGAAGAAAAAGUCGACACUUGCUACUACUUGCACCAUACCCUGUCUGCAUGGUCCUCCUUUGGUGAUGAAGGAAAUGUCAUCACUUACUAUUUCCACCAAUCCCUGUCUUGAUGCUCCUUUGAAAAUGUCAUCACCUCACGAUGUUACUACCACCACCACCACCAUGCCUCAGUCGCCAUCAAGCGUAGCUCAGCUCAGCUCCGAUCAAUUUUAG